CAUUUGUGCAUUUCUGUGUAACAUUAUGGAGGGAAAUACUGUGAAAAAUGAUUUACCAGUAAAGAAAAAUCCAAUGGGAAGGCCUGUUUCAUUAAAACAGCGCAUUAUGAUUGUAAAUGCAUACAAGACAGCAUUACAGAAGAAUCCGAAGAUAACUAUCAGAGGGUCUCGAAUACUUAUUUCACAACAACUUGGCAUCGGACAAAGGACAAUAUCAAAAGUCAUUAAUGAAUAUAAUUCCCAUAAAACGGUGACUUCUCCAAUCAAAACAUGUGAAAGAAAAGGCUAUAAGGAUUUGUACGAUGAAUUAGAACUAAAUAUAGUGCGUCGACAUGUACGUUCGUUUUGGUUCAACAAAACUAAACCUACUUUGAACAAAAUACUACAACUUAUAAACAGCGAUGAGAGUAUACCAAAUAUUUCCCGAACAAAUUUACAACGACUGUUGAAAUUUAUGAAUUUCGUAUACACGAAACGAGGUUGUAAAAGCGCCUUGUUAGAAAAGGACGAAAUAAUUUUAUGGCGUAGACGGUAUUUGGAAAGUAUACGUAAAUAUCGUGAAGAAGGACGACAUUUGUAUUAUCUUGCUGAAACAUGGGUCAACGCAGGAAAUUGUUUGAGUAAAACGUGGAUAGACAACACAAUAAAAUCGUCUAGAGAUGCAUUUCUUCAAGGUCUCACGACGGGUACACCAAAUCCAUCAGAUAAAGGCAAGCAGAUUAUGGUUCUCCACAUAGGGUCGGAAGACGGCUUCGUACCAGGGGGCCUAUUGUGUUUAGAAUCAAAAAAAACCAAUAAGGAUUAUCGUGAAGAAAUGAAAGGCAACACAUUUUAUGAAUGGCUGAAGGGCAUAAUACCACGACUCAAACAAAAUUGUGUUCUCAUCAUGGACAACGCUCCAUGUCACUCCGUGAAGACAGAACAAAUUCCAAAUACUUCAACAAGAAAGGCAGAUAUCAUUAAAUGGUUAGAGGACAAAGGUAAAGUAAUUGAUCGCCCUAUGGUGAUAACUGAAUUACUUGACAUGGUUAAACAAAUCAAACCAAGAUAUGAUAAAUAUGUAAUUGACGAGCUGGCUCAAACACACAACCGGACAAUAUUAAGACUCCCGCCUUAUCAUUGCGAGUUAAAUCCAAUCGAACUGGCGUGGUCUUCAGUAAAAAAUUACGUGAAGAUGAACAACAUCACCUAUAAAUUACCUGACGUGAAAAAAUUAUUAUUAGAAGGUAUAGAACGAGUUGACGACACUAUGUGGAAAAAUUUUAUUGAGCAUACCAAAGCCGAGGAAGAAAAUUUCUACAAGAUUGAUUUCAUCGUAGAUGAAAUGUUGUCUACAGAAGUACAACCUGUAAGAAUAAACAUUGACGAUACGUCUUCAGAUUUAGAAGUAACUGAUUAA